GUUCCGGUCCAGUCAUGGCCGCCUCGGCUGCAGCGGGCGGGGAGGCGGCGGCGAGACCCCUGCAGGGAGCGAUGAAGCUGGCAAAGGGCGCGCUGGAGCUGGACGCCGGGGACCGGCCCCGGGAGGCCUACGUGGAGUACCUGAAGAGCAUCAGUUACAUUUCCCAGGCUCUGCUGGAAGAGGCAACCACUGCAGAAGAUGGAGGCGACAUGGUGAUGGCUGACACACCCAAGAUGCUGAAGGUGGCAGAGCAGUGCCUGGAGAGAGCCAAGAGCACCAUUGCCAAACUGGGAAGAGUGAAGGCAAAGCAGUCCACAGAGAGGAGUUCAGGCCCUGCUACCGUCUGCCGGCACCGCAGGGUGUUAUCGGAUGAAGGGGCAAAACUGUCCCCUUUCCUGCCCCCUGAGAUGUUCCAGAAGCUGCAGACUACUGAAGUGCGAAGUACAAAAAAGGAGCUCACCCCGCUGGAGGAGGCAUCGCUGCAGAACCAGAAGCUGAAAGCCGCCUAUGAGGCCCGACUGGCACGGCUGAACCCCAGCCAGGCCAUGCAAAAGACCUCUCUGACCCUGUCCCUUCAGCGCCAGAUGAUGGAGAACUUGGUGAUUGCCAAAGCCCGGGAAGAGACACUCCAGAGGAAGAUGGAAGAGCGCCGGCUGAGGCUGCAGGAAGCUGCCAACAGGAGAUUUUCCAGCAAUGCAGUGCUGACCCCAGAAGAGCAGGAGCAACGGGCAAUCUAUGCGGCUGUUCUGGAGUACGAGCAAGACCACGAGUGGCCGAGGAUCUGGAAGGGCCAGUUGAAGAAGAGCCCUGGUGACCUGUCGCUGGUGCCCAGACUCAUUGCCCAUCUUCUCAGCUUUGCCGAUCACCCCAUCUGCCAGCUGCUGAAGAAACUGCAGUGCUCCGUCUACAGCCGCAUCUACCCGCUAGUGAGCCAGAGUGCGGCCGACCGGAGGGUUCCUGGAAAGGUCACCCGUGGGCUGUCCCUCUCCUCCUCGCUGGAUGCCGAGGCGUUUAUGGCGCCGGCCCCCGAGGGCCCGCGGCUGCGGUCUUCCCAGAGCUUGCACUCCAUGUUCUCCGUCCAGGAAAACAACAAACGGAACCUGCGGCACAGCCUCUCCAGCACGCCGCUCAUCGAGGACCAGAGCCUGAGACAGCCCUGCCAGGCUCAGGGCCGCCCCCAGGAAGAGCCUGCAUCCCCCCUGGCUGAGCGGGAGAGCUCUUUCGAAGACCUGGAGCAGUUCUUGGCUGCUUCUGAGGCGUGGCCUUUGGGCUCCUUGCGAGACGCCCAGCCAGCACUCGGGCAGAAGGCGUCCCAGCAAGAGCACCUGAAGGCAGCGGUGAAGGACAUUCACAACGCCAUUGAUAGACUGCUCUCCCUCACUCUCCUGGCCUUUGAGGGCCUCAACACAGCAGCUUCCAAGGACCAGUGUGUGGCGCGCCUUGAAGAAGCUUUCUUCGCUCCCCUCUGGACCCCCUUGCUGGCUGUGUACAGGAAUGUCUACAAGACCCGGGAGGUGGCCCUGGCCAGGAGCAUGGAGCUCUACAGGAACAUGACCCCCUCCGAAAUGGGCAUCUCUUCCAAGCUGCUCCCCCAGCGGAAUCUGCCCAGGGGGAUCGGCUCCUACCCUUACUGUGCCGCCGUGCAGGAGCUGAUGUUGAUUCCCCUGGGCACCUGUCCUCAGAAAAAGCUGGACUGCAUCGUGCGGACCUUGCGUGUUAUCUGUGAAUGUGCAGAGGAGUACUGGGGGGGCCGAGAUGGCAGGCCCCAACCGGCAUCGGCAGCCAUAGGAGCUGACGACCUCCUUCCCAUCCUGUCCUUCGUGGUGCUGAAGAGCAACCUGCCCCAGCUGGUGUCGGAGUGUGCUGCCCUGGAGGAGUUCAUCCACGAAGGGUACCUAAUCGGCGAGGAGGGCUACUGUUUGACUUCCCUCCAGAGCGCCCUCUCCUAUGUGGAGACCCUGCAUGGGCCGGCCUUGGCCCUUGGCAAGUAGCCACGCCCCCGUUGUUGCCUCUUCCUUGCCUGGGACCCCUUCUGCCUCUCUGCUUGCCCCACCCCAUGUGAGUCACAAGGGCUGCUGGCAGCCCAAAAGGGCUUCCUGAUUUGGCCUUGCCCCCUCCCCUCCCCCGCCCAGUGCAGUAUUUGGGGGAGGGGGUCCUGCAGAUUUUGUGUAGAUGAGAAUCCCAGGGGAUGUGCCUCCCUGGGGGACGGGGGACACAGGGGUGUGGCCCUCUGCUGGCUUCAGGGGCCGCUUCACCGGGACCUGGAACUGCUGCUGAGUCAGGGCAUGUUGUUGCUGCUGCAACAGUGAGUGGAAAGGGAGGGGGCAUGCUGCCCCCCCCUUUUACUUGACUAAGGAGAAAAUCUGCAGUGUAUACCCCCUACCCAAAGCCUACCCACCACACUUGCCCCCAUAUCUACACUCCACUCGCCCCAUUUUCACUCUCUCGUAUACAGCAGGAGUAAUCAAGGGCUUCGGGGGGGGGAGGCAGCUGGCCCCCCCUCUCCUGCUGCCGCCUGCUUGAUCCCGAUGUGGCUGUUCUGCCACUCAGAAUUGCCCCUGAGAAUUGUAGAGCUACACAGGCGGGCGUUGGCCCAGAAGGCAACACUUUUAUUUAUUAUGUAUUUAUUUACCUAGUUUGUACUGCACUUUUCUCCCCUCUCCAUUUUACCUUCACAACUACCCUGUGAGGUAGAUCAGGCUGUGUGUGUGGGGCUGGCCCGCCAAGCUUCCCUGGCACCAUGGGGACUUGAACCUGGGUCUCCCAGAUCCGACUCAGACAACCCAAACCCUCCACCACACCGGCUCUUCCGUGGAUUUUCCUGGCCCCGACGGGGGGUAUGUGCACAAGACAAGAAAUGCGCAGACACUUACAGGAGGAAAGAUGUGCUUCUCCCUGCUGUUCAUUUGCCUUCUCUGGAACUGUGGAGGGGUCCAGUUUUAGAUGCUGCUUUGUGAAAAACUACUGAAGAUGGUGGCUGGACUGGGACCUAGACCUAAGGGCAGAGGGAAUCUUGGGAGGAUUUGCACUGUAUCCUGAAAAGCAGAGGAGAGAGAGGACCUCGUGCCCACGGGAUGCCGCCUCUGGAAGGGGGCUGGGGCUGCUGUGCACGCCGCUGUGCUCCAUUUUACAGGAAUGCCACCUGAGCCUUGGGCCAGGCCCUGCGCUGCCUGCCUGGGCCAGAGCGGGCAAGCAACUGGCUCCCUGUGCCCAGAUGCAGCAGAGCUGAGAGCUGGGAAGGGGGGGUCUGCUGCCGGCCCGUUCUGGGAAGCGGUGGAGGGCUGGUGCCUGAUGCGUGUUCAGCCGUGCUCCUCAGCAUUCCCUGCCUGACCCCGCUGGAGCCUGCAUAUGGGGUUCUUCUCCUUCUUCAGCUUUGCUCUUGAGGCCAUUCUGUA